AUGCCACUGUCAGCUUUAAUGAUGACCAUUCUAGAGCAGGCCAAAGAACCUCUACUCUGUCUUCACGGAGCAGGUUAUUUUACCGAGGUGGAAUGGAUGCAGUUGGAUCUAAUCAUUAACAAGAAGUACAUAUGGACUACUGGCCCAUCUACUCAGAUUGCAACGCCGAACUCUAUUUCUUAUGAUGUGAAACGUAUUAAUAAGCCUCAAAGAGAGGCACGUCAACAUGUUCCUGAUUUUGAUGGCGACAAAAUUAGUUCCGGCCCUGAAGAAACCUCGGUGUGUACAUCUGUGGAGCCACUCUCAGACGAAGUUGUUACACCAGCUGCAUCGAUGGAUACACCUUGGGAACUUUCGCCUGCAAUGGCCUCACCGGCACCAACGACCAAGCAGUCCAUAACCAAAUUGAACGGUCAUACAAAGGCCACUACCGAAGGUGUACUUGCUUCAGGAUACACUGUGUCCCAGCUACUUGAAGCUAGAAAAUUAAAAGCUAGUUUUGCAAAUAACUCGUUGCGCGACCCUCGACUAGAUCACCAUCAAGGAAAUAAUAGUGUCCUAGCCAAACCAUCUCCAAUCCCCAAUACAUUACGAAAUAAAAACGUUUCCUCUUGGGCAUCCCAAGUGAGUCAAGGUCCUCUGAUCAGAUCGGCCAAACGCCCGGAUUCCCGAGCCUCCGAGAUAUCGGAGCUCAGUGGACAAUACUUCAAGCCUCCAAUUUAUGAACCUCGUGAAAUAAUUCAGAAUAGCUAUGCUGGCGAUGUUAAUGUUUUCGAGACCAGCAAUGCCGCAGAAUGGGAUGAAGACCUCCCUGUUCCAAAUGGAAAGCCUGCAGAUAAAAAAAUUCCUGUCUUUGCUGAAGAAAAACUUGAAAAGAUCAAUCCUGUUCCACCGCAAAAUUUAUCUAUUGUUCCAUCACAGAUUAAAAAAGACCGAGGACCUCAUGAAUUGCCAUAUCCUGCUAAUGUUACCAUUCAAGGGAGUAAAGUUACCAAAAAAGUGAAUGAUAUUUUACCUGUACCACCCCUUCCUCGUAUUGGCAUCCGUCAAACAACUAGAACAGCAACUGCAUCCCGAUCUAUUCGCCGUAAGGAUCCCAAAGAGCCCAAGUCAAGCAAAGAACAAUAUAUAUCUCCACUUCCGAAAACCCUAACUUGCUGGUUCUGGGCGGAAUCUGUUGGUGGCUGUCGCUACAGACCUGAAGAGUGCUUGAACUUGCACGUGAAGCCAGAACCAGGUGUUUUGCCAAAUUACCCACUAAAGGAUGGUAAACCGACAUGGGGUAGUCUUGCAGACGCAGUCCCUCAAGAAGUACCUGCAGGUAAAAAGCCGCGGUGCUGUUGGUUUUGGGCAACAAAAGGAUCUUGUGAUAAAGGGGAAACCUGUGAAUACGUCCAUGGGUGGGUAACUGGCGGAGUAGCUGCGCGUCCGAAAAAUUGGGAAUGUGCCAAACUCUUUCCACGCCUCGCUGGUGAGGUAGAGGGUGAUGAGAGCAGCGUCAGCCAUAUCGAAGAAGUUCUUGAAAGGGCUGAAAGAGAUAUAGGUGAUAAAGCUCCGCCGCAAGCGGUGAAUAUUGAUCCAAGUUAUAUCGCCAGUUUGAUACACGCACCAGAUUGGUUCAAUUCAACAUGUUAA